AUGGCCUCAUCGAUUUCUCCGCUGCAUCGAGCCGUCACUUCCGGGGAUGUUUCCCUCGCCAGGCAUCUUCUUCAGGCGGGGACUAACCCCAACGUCACCGACUCCAACGGCCGAACUCCAAUCAUCUUCGCAGAGUGCAUUAAAAAUGACGAAACCUUCGAAGAAAUUGUUGAGCUUUUAAUCGCGCAUGGAGCGGACGUCAAUGUUUGCAAUGAUACUCCGUUGUACAGUGCUGUCUUCUACGGUAAAAAACACCUAGUGGAGCGGCUUCUCAAAGCCGGCGCUGAUGUUCGUAACAAUAAUUUACUCCACGUCGUGGCUGAGAAAGGGGAUGACACAAUCCUGGCUCUGCUCCUCGGAGAUAAGAGAAGUGAGGAAAUGAUCGAUGGCGAGGAUAUUAACGGCAGAACACCUGCUUUCCUAGCUGCCCAACAGGACCAUAAACGCUGUUUGAAGAUGCUAAUCGCAAAAAGGGCUGAUUUAAGCCGAGUUGAUCUCCAAGGGGAGAGUGUAAUGGAGGCGAUUUUUGAAAACAUGACAAAACCGGUCGAGUUUUUGACCGAAGUUUUGGACUCGAGUGUGAUACUCGAAAAAGGGGAAAAGAACAAGUACUUUGUUGAUUUUGGGGUUCUGGCGCCUCCUCGAAGUGGUCGUCAAAUGUCCGUCAUUUCACGCCUCCUUGUUUCAGCCUGCGAAGAGGAGAAAACUUCCGUGUUGCAACACCCGGUGAUCGAGCUGUACCUGUCAAUAAAGUGGUCGAGAAUGUGCUAUUUCUUCUAUUUGUGGAUCUUCGCUUAUGUACUUUUCGUGCUUUCGUUCUCCGUGUAUGUGAUGUUGAGUCGCGAUUACCCGAAUCUUGACGUGUUGAUGACGGCUUCGAGGUGGAUAUCGAUCUGGAGCGGCGCGUGCCUUUUGGGCCACGGUGUAUUAGAGUGCUGUCUGACGCACGGGAAUCACUUCAGGAAAUACGAAAUGUGGUUGAAUCUCGCCUGCACAUCGCUCUCUUUAAUUGUAGCAAUCGCAGGAAUGCGUGACGAGAAUAGAGAGAAUGAACUGGCUACUCCAAAUUGGGUGUUGCACGUAACCAGCAUAGCGACUCUACUGUCAUGGACAGAAUUAAUGUUGUUAAUUGGCAGACUUCCAACGUACGGAUAUUAUGCACUCAUGUUUUCCGCCGUCUUACAGAACGUUAUUAGGGUUUUGUUGGCAUUCCUGUGCCUGGUGGUGGGUUUCUCUCUAAGUUUUUCGAUCGAGUUUGCAAACUGUAGAGAAUUCAACGACCCUUGGCGCGCCCUCGUCAAGACAACAGUCAUGAUGAUGGGAGAAUUCGACUAUUCGGACUUGUUCACUGGACUCGAAAGACCCUCCUCGAGAGUCAUUUUUCUCUUAUUUAUAAUCCUCACAAGCAUUGUUUUAAUGAACCUAAUGGUAGGACUCGCUGUAAGUGACAUUCAGUGCUUACAAAUGGUCAGUCAUGCCCGGAAAUUGGAAAAAAUGGCCGACUUUCUGGCUCAGUUAGAAAAAGUCUUGACCUCGGAAAAAUUUAAAAAGCGCUGGGUCCCCCAAAUCGUAAAAAAAAUUCUUCGGAGGAAUUUUAUCGAUGUUAGGUACGAACUGGAGACGUCGGCGAGGUUUAGACGCUCGAAGAAACUUUCCUCCAAGCUUAUAGAUUCCCUUGUAGCAAUUGCAAAAUCACAAAAAAUCCAGACGCUUAAAGUUUAAUGAGAACUUUUGAAACACGCCUGUAUCAAUUAUUGCAGUUAAUUAACAAAAAUUUGCUGCUUUGAGCUAAAUAAAUUGUUCAGUGAU